AUGGGGAAACCUGCCCCUAGUAAGAGCCCAGGGCAGCUGGAAAACCCCGGCUUCUUCCUCCGAGCUCUCUUCCUCCUCCUCUGCUGCAGGCAUGUUUCUUCCCAGUGCAAGAUCCUGCGCUGCAACUCGGAGUACGUGGCUGCCACGCUCAACCUGCGCGGCUCCAGCAGGCACGCGGCGUACUGCAACGCCCUCCGCUCCUACUCCCACUGCACCCGCAAGACGGCACGCACGCGCAACCAUCAGGGCUUCGCGUCUCUCGACAUCUGCAACUACGAGAAGAGUUUUCUCUACAAGUACGGCCAGCCCCCCAGCUACCAGCACUGCGCGGCUUUCGGGGACCCCCACAUCCGCACCUUCCAUGACGACUUCCACACCUGCCGAGUGGAGGGCUCCUGGCCUCUCUUGGACAAUGACUACUUGUUCGUGCAAGCAACCAGCUCUCCGGUGGCGAAGGGCUCCAACGCUACGGUCACCAGCAAGCUCACCAUCAUCUUCAAGAACAUGAAGGAAUGCAUCGACCAGAAGGUCUACCAGGCUGAGAUCGACACCCGCAGCCAGUGCUGCCCCGGUCGCGUGGCCGCCGAGACGGCCCGGGCGCUCUGCAAGGAGAUGCUGCCUGUGGAGGACGUCUACUUCCAGUCGUGUGUCUUCGACGUGGUGACCUCAGGGGACGCCAACUUCACCAUGGCGGCUCACGGGGCUCUGGAGGAUGCCAGGGUCUUCCUUCCCAACGCUGAGAAACUGCACAUCUUCCAGGCUGGGGCAGGCUGCCCGCGCCUCUCUUCUUCCUUCGUCCUCCUCCUCCUCCUCACUUCUGGUCUUUGGGCUGUUUUGUAG